ACCGUUUGGUACAGUACUACAGUUCCCAGAAUGCAAAAGGCCUAAGAAUGAGUCACGUCCUGUCUGUCCUGCACCCAGGAAGUGUGAAAGUGGAACGGAGUGAAAAUGGUUUGCCAUGCAGUCCAAAACAUUGCCAGUGCCUAGCUGAACAGUGCCUUGUUCCAGGACACAGCCAGGAUGGCUCUCAUUGAAGGAGUGGGGGACGAGGUGACCGUCCUGUUUGCACUGCUGCUGGUGCUGCUGGUGCUGGUGCUGGCAUGGGCGUCCACUCAAACCACCGACCGCAGCGAGCAGCUCUUCCAGUCUGCUGCCUUCCAGAACAGGGCUGGACCCCAGAGCACGCUCGGAGAGACAGCAGCACCCGACAUGGACUUCAACGAGACGCCACUGGCUGCUGGGGAGGAGGAGAAGAAGAGCAGUGACCAGGAGGAGGAGAGGAGCAGCCCAGGGGAGGAGGAGAGGAGCAGCCCAGGGGAGGGGGAGAGGAGCAGCCCAGGGGAGGGGGAGAGGAGCAGCCCAGGGGAGGAGGAGAGGAGCAGCCCAGGGGAGGUCGGCUCAGGAAAUGACGGGAUUCGACACAGAGAGACAGCGGCCGCUGCUGCAGCCAGCAGCCAGACCAGUGCUCCCCCCUCUGGCACCCCACAGCCUCUCACUUCAAGUGCCAGCAGACACCCUUCUGAGGCUGACCCCACUCCUGAUAGGAACAUGGUGCUCCGGCUUAAAUUCCUAAACGACACUGAAAGAGUGGCCCAAGUAAAACCAGAGGACACUAUUGGUUAUGUCAAAAGGACUUAUUUCCAAGGUCAGGAGCACCAGGUGCGGUUGAUAUACCAGGGACAACUUUUACGAGAUGAUGCCCAGACACUGUCCUCUUUGAACCUGGCAGACAACAGCGUCCUGCACUGCCACAUCUCCCAGCAUGCCACGCCGCAGGCUCCAGCGGGGGUGCGUGCGGCCGACCAGGUCCAUGCCGCCCUCAAUGUGGGCAGCCUCAUGGUGCCCCUCUUCAUGCUCAUGCUGUCUGUGCUCUGGUACUUCCAGAUCCAGUACCGCCAGUUCUUCACGGCCCCCGCCACUGCGUCGCUCGUGGGCAUCACUGUCUUCUUCAGCUUCAUGGCAUUUGGAGUCUACCGCCGAUAAAUCCACUGCCACACUCUCGCAUCCCCAACCCAGCUUCUACUGCUGCUGAUCACCUGUGUGCGUUCCAGCCUUUCCCAGGGCGGGCGAGGGGGGGGGGGGAGAGGCGUCCUUAUUCAUAUACAGUAGAUUGCAUACCAGAAAUAAAUUAGGAGACACUGUACAUUUUUUGAUAUACUUACAUCCUCUUGAUUAAAUGAAAUCAAUCCAUUUCUUACCUGUAACAAGCCCAUAAGAUGUUUUAUGAGCUCAGCUGUCGUGAAGUUGACGUUGAUGCGUUGUAGUGUUGGGCUCUGCCGAGACUACGUGCUCACAAGUAGCAAACGUUUCUUUUUAUUUUCUCCCCAAAUGAGGAGAUGAUACCUCCUAAGAUCUACCUGGACUGGAAGCAUAACUGACAUAAUGUAGGGCUUGUAAAGCAAAAGAAAAUAUAUUAAAGAAUUCUUCCUUUA